AUGUAUUUGUCAGACGAAGUGAUUUAUGUGUGUUUACUUCUUGUAUCAAUACCGAUUGGAUUUCUUUUCAAAAAUUCUCGCCAUGCUAAUUUAAAAGCGUACUCUUCGACAUUAAUUGGUUUUAUUUUUGCUUUAAUAGUUUGUCGUUGGGAUGUUUUACAUUCAUUAGUUACCACUUCAGUAACAUGUCUUAUAUUAGCCGGUGUUACUGCAAGAUAUGUUCAUAUAGCAACAUUUGUAUGGUGUUUUUCAUAUUUAUUAUAUUUCCGUACAACUGAUCUCUUUUCAAUUCGAUUACCUGUUGCACAUAGUAAUGCUAUUCAAUUAAUGCUAACACUUAAACUUGUGGGUAUUGCUUAUGAAUGGCAUGACUCUUACACACGUUUGAAAACUAUACGUGCACAACAUAAGACUGAUGAAAGUGAAAAAUUACAUUUACAAGAUAUGUAUUUAUCUGUGAAACCAUCUACUAUACGAGUAUUUCAAUAUGCUUAUUGUUAUAUUGGCCUUCUAACUGGUCCGUAUUAUCGUUAUAGAACAUAUCAUGAUUGGUUGGAAAUGAAACAUGGAGUACAUAUACAUGGUUUAACAUUUAUGAGAAAACGUGCCAUAUUUGGUUCAAUAUACAUAUUAGCUUAUUUACUUUUAUCUGCUCUUGUUUCAUUUAAUGAUGCACUUGAUGACAAAUUUUAUACAAAUCCACUUUGGUAUCGAUUACUCUAUAUGCCACUUGUGUUUACAUUAUUUCGUUGUCGAUUUUAUUCUGCUUGGUUAUUGGCUGAAUGUAUGUGUAUGUCAGCAGGUUUCGGAGCGUAUCCAUUGGUUAGUAAACCUAAACCUGGUCAAGGCCCAACAGAUCUUGCUGCUUUAAAACACGCUUACGAACAAGCACCGAAUACAAUAGCUUAUGACUUUGAAACUAUUCAUAAUAUCGAUGAAUGGAAAUGUGAAUCAGCAUUUACAGUUAAAGAAGUACUUCGAUAUUGGAAUAUGAGCGUUCAGUAUUGGAUGGCAACAUGUGUUUAUAAACGAAUUAAAUGGCGACGAAUAGCUCAUCCAGCUACUAUGUUUGUUUCUGCUUAUUGGCAUGGUAUUCAUUUGGGUUAUUAUAUGGGCAUGGUUUCAACUACGCCAUCUAUUCUUGCUGAAAAUGCUAUGGAAGCUGGUGUACGUCGUCGCAUUCCAGUUAAUAGCCGAUUCAUUCGUGUUUAUGAUAUGUGUUCAUGGUUUUUUCGUACACGAAUGUUUGAUUAUAUGUCAAUUGGCUUCAUUCUUAAACAUUUUUAUUAUACAUGGAAAUAUUGGAAAAGUGUUUAUUUUAUCGGUCAUACUGUUACUUUGAUAUUAUAUUUGAUUGGUUUAAUUGCAAUACAAAUACGACCUAGAGGCAAAAGAAAAGAAAUCGUUCAUAAAGAUCUUGGUAUUGAUGUACAACCAAAAGCACCUGAAGAACAACAUCAAAGACUUGAAAACGAACAUAAAAAAGAACUCUAA